CACACACAGAGCUUGUGCUGGGUCACUGCCUCUCCCAGCGCAAGGCAGAAUCAGGUUCCUGUAAUAGGGAAGAAUUCAGCUGACAAGAGCAUGAGUCCUUUCUUUGUGAUGUCUCUCCUCUUUGGCCUGACUUUCGAUCAAACAGCAUCACUUUGUGCUCCUUCUGAGUAUAUAAUCCAUGUGGAGAAAAGAGAAUGUGCCUACUGCCUGGCCAUCAACACCACCAUCUGCGCUGGAUUUUGCAUGACUCGGGACAGCAAUGGCAAGAAGCUGCUACUCAAAAGUGCUCUGUCCCAGAACGUGUGCACAUACAAAGAGAUGUUGUAUCAAACAGCACUGAUUCCGGGCUGUCCUCAUCACACCAUCCCUUAUUAUUCCUACCCUGUGGCUGUGAGCUGCAAGUGUGGUAAAUGCAACACUGAUUAUAGUGACUGUGUUCAUGAGAAGGUUAGGACAAACUAUUGCACUAAACCACAGAAGCUCUGUAACAUGUAAGCUUCCAACAGAAUGCGGUCGAAAUGUACCUCUCUGCUCACAACUAAACAGAAAUAAAAGUGUAUUUCAUAACAGGUUUGCAAA